UGCCACACCUCACGCGCCCCCACAGCCCGCUUUUUUCUAGAAGGGAGGAGUCAGCUGUCCUCAGGGCCGAGGCCUGGCAGCAUGCCGACCUCUGGCGGGAAAGAGCAUCUCUGUGGAUUUAGAAAUGGAACGGCUUGGUCUGCUUUCUCGGUUUUUCCCCACCACGUUCUGCAAAAGCAGUGCCAUUUCAGGAGAGACGGAGCGGAAGCCCUGCGGUCCCCGAGAGCAGCAGCUCAGAGGGCUCGUGUGGGCCCGCCUGCAGGCAGCCGUAGCCCACACCUUCCAGACGGUUCUCGGUCAGCUCGCUGAAGCACCACCCACUUUCCGGGCUGCCUCGCUCUCGGUGCUGCCUCCAGCUGCCUCCGGGCUCCGUGGCUGGUCGGUCCCGCCCGUGAGGGCCUGGCGUGGGUGGUUCCUGGUAUUUGGGGGCACGAGGAACACGGCGCAGAGCUGAGGGCGGUGGCAGACAGCAUUCAGGCCCCGGCGCUGGGUGCAGCCCUAACCUCUGGGCAUGUGUGUUCGCCAGGAGGAAAUAGGUCUGACGCAGGCGUGUGGGAACACAGUCCACCUCACCUGUGGGUUAAAAAGAAAAAAAAAGGCAAGAACAGGGAGACAGCCAGUUUUGGCUAUGAAAUCCUCAGGGGAGGUUUUCUGUGAUACCCAGUGCUGCUGAGGACGCCAGGGGGCCAUGGGCAUGGUGUGUCGGUUGACCUUUCCGGGGGCAGGGCAGACCUGCCUAUGCCCUCGGACCUAGGGUCUGCCCUUCCAUUUCCCAUGCCAAGUCUGUCCCAGGGGAGCAUGGAGGUGGGCCCCAUCCCCAAGGUGGUGCUCAUGCGUGGGCAGCGUUGGGCAAUGUGUGCAGCUGAGGGGGACGGUACGCUCCAGAAGGGCCCCUUCUCCAGGAGCCCGGGUUCUAGGAGGCUGUCGACGAGCGUCUUGUCUCACGUGGUGAGAAAGGAGGGCAGGCAGCGUCGCUCACACUGACAAGGGCAGGUGUGACAACCAAAGCGAGGGUGUACAGGCCGAGAACCAGGCCAACGGUUGGUUGGCCUUGUGCCCGGCCUGCGGGGUGAUCCUGGGCACUCUGCCUGGGGGGGGCUCCUCUCUGAGUAACAUGACAGAUGAGGAAACUGAGGCUGGAGAGAGUGACUUGCUCAGGGCAUCCAGCCGGCUGGCGGCUGAGGCAGUUCUGGUGCGGCCACUCCCACUGGCUCGCCGGGAUGGAGACCUGCUUCAGCUGGGGGGCUCGUCUCCGCGUGUCCCUGCCGGGGCAGUGGAACCUGGGCCAGGAGCACGUGGUCACGGGAAAGAGUCCUCGGACACCAGACGGCGUUUGGGAUGGUGACUUUUCCUCUCGUGGAGUUUCGGUGAAAGCCAAAGCGAGGAACGACGGUGUUCCAGUUCCAGAUGUGGCAUCAGAGAGACCGGUCCCCCGGCUUCGCUGUCCGUCCCUCCAGCAUUUCAGGAAGCAAUUUCUGGCUCCCGGGAGGCCUGUGAUCCUGGAAGGUGUGGUGGACCAGUGGCCGUGCAUGACCAAGUGGAGUCUGGAGUAUAUCCAGGAAGUUGCCGGCUGUCGAACUGUCCCAGUGGAAGUCGGUUCCAGGUACACAGAUGAAGAAUGGUCGCAGACUCUCAUGACGGUCAACGAGUUCAUCAGCAAAUACAUCCGGGAUGAGUCGAGGGACGUCGGGUACCUCGCGCAGCACCAGCUCUUUGACCAGAUCCCGGAGCUGAAGCGGGACAUCAGUAUCCCCGACUACUGCUGCCUGGGCGACGGGGAGGAGGACGAGAUCACCAUUAAUGCCUGGUUUGGUCCCCGGGGAACAGUGUCCCCCCUUCAUCAGGACCCUCAGCAGAACUUCCUGGUCCAGGUGAUCGGCAGGAAGUACAUCCGGCUGUAUUCCCCACAGGAGUCAGAGGCUUUAUACCCGCACGAGACGCACCUUCUUCAUAACACGAGCCAGGUGAGAAGAUGGCAACAGCCGAGAUCUUCAUGUGCCCUCUGUGCCGGGCUGCAAGGCCACCAGCAACCACGGCGAGCCAGAGGGCUGGCUUCAGCUCGGAGGAGUGUGGACUUGAGUCCGCUUGGAAAACGAGUUAUCUCCGGCCAUUCGCCGAGCCAAGGUGGGGUGAGCACGGGGCCACCGUCCCCCACCCGCCCCAGCUGCAGAGGCCUGCCUGGGGCCCAGUCUGAUGCAGGCACGUGUGGCCUCCAGCCGGACGCAGCCCUGCCCUGGCAUCCGGAGAGGAGGGACAUUGCCGUAAGGUGCUGUCAAGGAGUCCUCGGGAAGUUCACGUUGCGAUCAACACAGGGAGACGGAGACGCUGGCAGGCCCGUGUCCCCAGGGGCCGAGUGCUAAGAGCUUCUGGAGUCACAGCUAAGGACUCCCCUGGGCCUGCAUGGUAUGACCCUGCCCCUCCUCGAUGGCCAGACCUGGCUGGUCAGGCAGGAAGUGGGCUGUAGGAACCCUCGGGGCCCUCCCAAACCCCCAGCUCCAAGGUUCAUCCUUUUUCCGACUUUCCUGCCUUCCUGUCACCUCUGCAGGCUUCCUCGUACUCCUGAGAAAGCCCUUCUCUGGUUAAGCCAGUGGGGAUGCUUUCCAUUGCCUACCUGACACUACUGACCUCCCCACGCAGCCGGGGGGCACCCGUGGGGCUCUCUGGGUGGGCUGCGCUGGGAGCUCCAGCUGGAAGCAUCCUCACAGCCUGGGAGCUGUGCGAUGAGACCCAC